ACGAACCCCGGGGAAGCGGGAAGAAGCCCGCCAAGCGUCGCUUUGAGGAUAGGAGCUUGUGACCUCCCUUCGUCCUCCCGACGUGUUUUCUCACUGCUAGAAAAGACUUGGCUUGGCACACCAAUAAAGUUUACCUGGCAGAAAACAUCAGGAAACUACCUUGCAGUAACAGGAGCUGAUCAUAUUGUGAAAAUCUUUGAUCGCCAUGGUCAAAAAAGAAGUGAAAUUAACUUAUCUGGUAACUGUGUUGCUAUGGAUUGGGAUAAGGAUGGAGAUAUCCUAGCAGUGAUUGCUGAGAAAUCCAGUUGCAUUUAUCUAUGGGAUGCCAACACAAACAAAACCAGCCAGUUAGACAGUGGCAUGAGGGAUCAAUUGUCUUUCCUUCUUUGGUCAAAAUUUGGAAGUUUCCUGGCUGUUGGAACUGUUAAAGGAAAUUUGCUUAUUUAUAAUCGUCAGACAUCUCGAAAGAUUCCUGUCCUUGGAAAACAUACUAAGAGAAUCACAUGUGGAUGUUGGAAUGCAGAAAACAUGCUUGCAUUAGGUGGUGAAGAUAAAAUGAUUACAGUUAGUAAUCAGGAAGGUGACACGAUAAGACAGACACCAGUGAGAUCAGAGCCUAGCGACAUGCAGUUUUCCAUGAUGAAGACUGAUGACCGCACCUCCACUGCUGAAAGCACAGUAAGAGUUCUAAAUCAAAUCCAGGCCCAAAUUAUUUUGAUAAGUGUAGUGGUUGGCAAGAAAACUUUGUUUCUUUUUAAUCUGAAUGAACCAGAUAGCCCAAUUGAUCUGGAGUUUCAGCAGCGCUACGGCAACAUUGUCUGCUAUAGUUGGUAUGGUGAUGGCUACAUCUUGAUUGGUUUUUCACGUGGAAUUUUUGUGGUCAUUUCCACUCAUAUUCGAGAGAUUGGUCAAGAGAUAUUUCAGGGUCGUGACCAUAAAGAUAGUCUAACCAGUAUUGCAGUAUCACAGACCCUUAACAAAGCUGCUACAUGUGGUGAUAACUGCAUUAAAAUCCAUGACUUGGCAGAAUUAAAAGACAUGUAUGCUAUAAUCAACCUGGAUGAUGAAAAUAAAGGGUUGGGCACCUUGUCCUGGACAGAUGAUGGUCAGUUGCUGGCCCUGUCUACCCAGAGAGGAUCGCUGCAUGUUUUCCUGACCAAGCUCCCUAUCCUCGGAGAUGCCUGCAGCACCAGGAUUGCAUAUCUCACCUCCCUCCUUGAAGUCACCAUAGCCAAUCCUGUUGAAGGAGAGCUACCAAUCACAGUUUCUGUGGAUGUGGAACCCAACUUUGUAGCAGUAGGGCUUUAUCAUCUGGCUGUGGGAAUGAAUAAUCGAGCUUGGUUUUAUGUCCUUGGAGAGAACGCUGUUAAAAAAUUGAAAGAUGUGGAGUAUCUGGGGACAGUAGCCAACGUUUGCCUUCAUUCUGACUAUGCAGCUGCACUUUUUGAAGGCAAAGUCCAGUUACAUUUGAUAGAAAGUGAAAUGUUGGAUGCUCAAGAAGAACGUGAGACUCGACUUUUCCCAGCAGUGGAUGAUAAGUGCCGUAUUUUAUGUCAUGCCUUAACUGGUGAUUUCCUCAUCUAUGGCACAGAUACUGGUGUCAUUCAGUAUUUCUACAUUGAAGAUUGGCAAUUUGUUAAUGAUUAUCGACAUCCUGUCAGUGUGAAAAAGAUUUUUCCUGACCCAAAUGGGACCAGAUUAGUUUUCAUUGAUGAAAAAAGUGAUGGAUAUGUCUACUGUCCAGUUAAUGAUGCUACCUAUGAGAUUCCAGAUUUUUCACCAACCAUUAAAGGUGUUCUUUGGGAAAACUGGCCAAUGGAUAAAGGUGUGUUUAUUGCCUACGAUGAUGAUAAGGUGUACACUUACGUCUUUCACAAGGACACUAUACAAGGAUCCAAGGUCAUUUUGGCUGGUGGCACCAAAGUUCCCUUCUGUCAUAAACCUUUGCUGUUAUAUAACGGAGAAUUGACCUGCCAGACGCAGAGUGGAAAAAUAAACAACAUCAACCUUAGCACCCACAGCUUCCUCCACAGUUUAAAAGAUGUGGGGCUUAAUGAUCUGAGGCAGAUGCUGACGCAGACUUUAAUGCUAAAAAGGUUUUCUGAUGCUUGGGAAAUGUGCAAGAUUCUGAAUGAUCAUGCUGCCUGGAAUGAGUUGGCCAGAGCUUGUCUACACCACAUGGAAGUGGAGUUUGCUAUCCGUGUUUAUCGGACAAUUGGAAACGUUGGCAUGGUGAUGUCCUUGGAGCAAAUAAAGGGAAUAGAGGACUACAAUCUUUUGGCAGGACAUCUUGCCAUGUUUACUAAUGAUUUCAACCUGGCUCAGGACCUGUACCUGGCAUCCAGCUGUCCCAUUGCUGCCCUGGAGAUGAGAAGGGAUUUACAGCACUGGGACAGUGCUCUACAACUGGCAAAGCGUUUAGCCCCAGACCAAAUACCGUUUAUAUCAAAAGAAUAUGCUAUUCAGCUUGAAUUCACGGGUGAUUAUGUAAAUGCCUUGGCUCAUUAUGAGAAAGGAAUAACAGGUGAUAAUAAGGAACAUGAUGAGGUAUGUCUGGCUGGCGUGGCCCAGAUGUCCAUAAGAAUGGGAGACAUCCGCCGAGGGGUUAGCCUAGCCCUCAAGCACCCCAGCAGGGUCCUUAAAAGAGACUGUGGAGCCAUAUUGGAGAAUAUGAAGCAAUUUUCAGAAGCAGCUCAACUCUAUGAAAAAGGUCUCUACUGUGACAAAGCAGCAUCUGUUUACAUCCGCUGUAAGAAUUGGGCAAAAGUUGGUGAACUUCUGCCUCAUGUUUCUUCUCCAAAGAUUCACUUGCAGUAUGCCAAAGCUAAAGAAGCAGAUGGAAGAUACAAAGAAGCUGUUGUGGCUUAUGAGAACGCAAAACAGUGGAACAGCGUGAUCCGCAUCUACCUGGACCACCUCAACAAUCCAGAAAAGGCUGUCAGUGUUGUCAGAGAAACCCAGUCCCUGGAUGGAGCCAAGAUGGUAGCCCGGUUUUUUCUACAGCUAGGUGACUACGGGUCUGCCAUCCAGUUUCUUGUUAUGUCCAAAUGUAACAAUGAAGCUUUCACACUGGCUCAGCAGCACAACAAAAUGGAAAUCUAUGCGGACAUUAUUGGUUCUGAAGACACUACUAAUGAGGACUAUCAAAGCAUUGCCUUAUACUUCGAAGGAGAAAAAAGACAUUUUCAGGCUGGAAAAUUCUUCUUGCUGUGUGGCCAGUAUUCACGAGCACUUAAACACUUGCUGAAAUGUCCAAGCUCAGAAGAUAAUGCAGCAAUAGAAAUGGCAAUUGAAACUGUUGGUCAGGCCAAAGAUGAACUGCUGACCAGUCAACUGAUAGACCACCUUAUGGGGGAGAGUGAUGGCAUGCCUAAGGAUGCCAAGUACCUGUUCCGCUUGUACAUGGCCCUGAAGCAGUACCGAGAAGCCGCCCGGACUGCCAUCAUCAUUGCCAGGGAAGAGCAGUCUGCAGGAAACUAUCGGAAUGCACAUGACGUUCUCUUCAGCAUGUAUGCAGAACUUAAAUCUCAGAAGAUCAAAAUUCCCUCUGAGAUGGCCACCAACCUCAUGAUUCUGCACAGUUACAUACUAGUGAAGAUUCAUGUUAAAAAUGGAGAUCAUGUGAAAGGGGCACGUAUGCUUAUCCGGGUGGCCAACAACAUCAGCAAAUUUCCGUCACACAUCGUGCCGAUCCUGACGUCUACCGUGAUCGAGUGUCACAGGGCCGGCCUGAAGAACUCUGCCUUCAGCUUUGCAGCCAUGUUGAUGAGGCCCGAGUACCGCAACAAGAUAGAUGUCAAAUACAAAAAGAAGAUCGAGGCAAUGGUCAGGAGACCUGAUACAUCCGAGACAGAAGAGGCCACAACCCCAUGUCCAUUCUGCGAAUUUCUUCUCCCAGAGUGUGAACUUCUCUGUCCUGGAUGUAAAAAUAACAUCCCAUAUUGCAUUGCAACAGGUCGACAUAUGUUACAGGAUGAUUGGACAGUGUGUCCACAUUGCGACUUCCCUGCACUGUAUUCAGAAUUCAAGAUCAUGUUAAACACUGAAAGCACAUGUCCUAUGUGUUCAGAAAGAUUAAACUUUGCUCAGCUGAAAAAAAUCUCAGACUGUACCCAGUACCUGCGGACAGAAGUGGAGCAGUGAGUGGCAUGUGCAGGUAUUAUGGUCCUGAGAAGAUACCAUUUUUCCACAGGAGGCUGUGUUUCUACCCCUGGCAGAUUUCAAGAUGGUCCUUCCUGAAUACAGAAAAAACAAGGUCACCUCUUCAGGUCACCACUUUCAACUUCUGUAGAGUGGCAAACAAACAGUGACAUAUAACAUGCUGUUUAUUAUACUCUGUAUAUUUCCUCUUCUGAGUCUUACAUAUUCUAUGCUCUAUACUGUUAAUAGUAACCUAUGACAUAACUGUAAAUAUUCAGCUUUUUGAUAUCUUUUCUAUUUUGA